GGUAGAGCCUCCAGCUCCAAAUAUAGAUACCCUUCUCAAAAGUCCUUUCUCUCUUGUAUAUAUAGACCCCACACCUCCCCUCCAACACCCUCUUCUUCCUCCUACGCUUCAUUGUCCCCACACCACACUUCUCUCUUUCUCUCUCUAGUUCUUCUCUUCUCUCCUCUCUACAUAGAGAGAAAGCAAGAGCAGGGAGGCCGGCCGGCCAUGGGGUUCCCGUCGGUGUGCUACUGCGUGAUCCUGCCACAGCCGCUCGUCCUGGUGCUGCAGCUGCUCGACUUCCUCAGGCACGCCGUCCUGCUCUGCCUCUCCUCGCUCGGCCUAGCGGCGCCGCCGGCCGCCGACGACCACCCGGCCUACGCGGCCCCGCCGCCGGACCUCUGGGCGCUGCCGCCGUCCCUGCAGGCGGCCGCGGUGGCGGCGCCGCCGGCCGCCAUCAAGGCCCGCCUCCCCGCCGUCCGGUACUCCGACCUCCUCAGGACCCGGCGCGCGGCCACGCCGGCGGUGUGCGCGGUGUGCCUGGGCGCGCUCGAGGCGCGGCACCGCGUCCGCGAGCUCGGCAACUGCGCGCACGCGUUCCACAAGGCGUGCAUCGACAAGUGGGUCGACAAGGGCCAGGACACCUGCCCCCUCUGCCGCGCGCUCCUCCUCCCCGCCGACGCCGACGCCGCGACGCUCGCCUCCUCCUCGUCCUUCUCCUUCUGACCUCGCGCAGGCACGCCCGCUCCAAUCAAGAACCGAAGCCGCCACACCCAACCGGCAGCCACCGCCGCCGAUUGAGGGCCAGGUCAGUAACUCGCGCGGUAUAAUAUAGUCACCUAGGCUGUCGUCCAUCCAUCCAUGGAUCCAAGCUUUCUUGGAAGAAAUGAAAUGGAGGAGAGAGAAAGAAGAGAGAGAAGACAGCUUGAAGUGGUGGAUUAUUACUAAGUAGGUGAGGCGCUAAUUAUGAGGAGGACAGGGAUGGCUACCUGCAUUGGAUCUGGUGAAUGAGUGAACCGAGCCCAAUGCAUCCAUUCCAGAUGCUGCUGCUUGCUUGCUCUCUUCCACUCCAAUUCAUCACACCCUUUUUUUCUUGUAAUUUUUCCUUUUUUGAGGGUUCCCUUAUUAUUGUUAACUUAAUUUGUGAGGGGAAUCAAGCGCGAGACAUGUACAUAGCUGCCUCCACUUGACAAUAUUGGUAGAAUAAUAAUUUUCUCUCA